CAGGAAUUAUAGUUGAAAGAGCUGCUUUUUUAAUACUUUUGCAGGACAUUGGACCAGACGGAUAACAAGCCAGGCAAUAUGAAAUCUUAUCUUUACAUCUCGAAACAAAGCGUGCCAAGAAUGUGGUGGUAUUUAAGUUUUAUUUUUGGCUGUUUACUCGUAGGAUCCAUCCUACCUUUGAUUUCUGAUGCUGUUCAAUCAAGAGCAAUCGUCAGCAAAUCUGGUAGUUAUAUUUCAUCAACGGAAUCGCAUGCAUGUCUCACCAUCCCGGCUGCAUUUGAAAAAAUAGCGUCUAUGUACCCCACGAACAUUCGACCUUCCGUCUUUUUUAUGAGGACUUCUGCUUUUAAAGCAGUAUUUUACGGUGUCCCCGGUGAUGAAAUGAGAUGGAGACAAGUAGAAAAUCAAUAUUCGUGGAAAGGUGCAAGUGCUACCUUGGUAUUUGUGGGUGAACUCUUCCGCAGGGCAAAGUCAAAAGGAUAUGCUAAUAUUGCAUCAAAUGGGUUGGUUUCUCCGACGUUAAUCGAUAUAGGUGGAAACAUGGGACAAGAAGCUGUCGUGGCUGGAAUAUAUGGCUUUUCAUCCAGAACAUUUGAACUCUUACCUCGAUCUGUCGAUACUAUUCGGCUCAAUUUAGCCUUGAAUUGCAUAUCGGAGGAAAUGAAUGCAGUAGAAAUGGCGGGUGUCGGCAAAGAGUCUGAGGAGAUAAGAAUUGAUACAUCAGGUUUUACCGCUAGUAAAGCAGUCGAGAAAGGCAAUUCGACUGAUUAUUUGGCUAAAAUUUGGUCCAUGGACGACUUUUUCCUGAGGCAAGAGAAAACUCGAUUGUCUGGAAGGCCUUUGUUGUACAAGAUUGAUUGUGAAGGUUGUGAAGCCAAUGCGAUUCUGGGAUCUUUGGAGAUGUUAAAGAAGUUUCCCCCUCAUUACAUUCUUCUUGAAUAUUCCAAAUUCUCCAACAUUAAUGUGUCCGUGGUCGAAAGACUUUGGGUUGAGUUCGGGUAUUCACGUGUUCUGCUUGUCGAUGAAGGUGAUGAAUGGAUUAAAGACGAGAAUAUGUCAAAUUCGGAGCCAAGAAUUUUUAGACCUGCGCGUCUUAGCUUGGAAAAAGGACGUCGAAUUUGUGAAAAAUAUUGUGAUUUGUUGUUCAUACACGAUAGAGCAUUGGAUCUUGGGUUUUCCAAUUAAUAUUAUCAGCAUGAUGACAUGAGAAUGAAAUUCCGAUUAGGCGUAGGAUUAAAUGUCAUGUCACUCGUAUGGCUUUAGGCACGAGCAAGAAACAUGGUGCAGUCUAAACUCGCGCCUUUUCUUCUUUGAAAAACCGAGAGUCACGCGUCGGUAGGAGUAGACGGCGAAUAUGCAUUUCUUCAUCAUCCAAGAACUGGUCGGAGGUGUCGACUCGAUGGGUAUGGUAAUCAGGAGCACCUGGUAAAUCAUCAUUUGAUCGUUGGAUAUAACCUUUCACGUAUGCAAUCUCAGUAUUUUUAAAGAACUCAGCAGAAAAAUCAUUGUAGGAGCGGGCCGACCAGGGAAAAAAACAGGUGGGAAGGGUACGUGUCCUACCCAUAUUAUUUUUCCGGACGACGGUUCAUCACGCCGCAUCCCUCUCGUGAAUGCUGCGUUCUACCUAUUUUUGCUCGCUUUUUUGCUCCACGGAAAUGCUCACGAUAUCUGUUACCGGGAGCUUCGCGCACACACAUUCAAACUACACUCACGCGCCCUCACAUUCGCAUUAUACGCACUAUACGCAAUGACGCAUCACCCAUACCCCUCUACUCUGUAAAAAGUAUCAUCCUGAAGCCUUCUUCCAAAAUUACAUAAUCUUAACCCGAAGCGAUUGUACAAAGGAAAUUCAUCCUCUUCGGAGUAACUCGGCUUUUCUCGAGCAGUAUCGUUCGAAUUUCCUUUGCUCAGACCCAGGACAUGUUUCUGUGCAACGGACAGGGUUUGUAACCCUGACCCUAACCCUAACCCUAACCCUUACCCUAUCCUGAUUGCUGAACUACUGGAGUCGCUUGUCGAAAGCUUGCACGCCAGUCAUAGAUCAGGUGGAUACUGAGCGGGAAAUCUGGUUCCUGCGUUAUGGAUCCCGUACUCUGUCGUUGUAACCCUCUGUCAUUCGGGCGUUUUCGCUUGUGCUUUCCGCCUUGGCACUGAAAUAUUCCCAUCUGUUGAAAGUAAUCAAAGUUGUUUCUUCGAUGAAGCUGUUGUAUGUGAUAAUCU